CUGGAGUCGUGGAGCUGCCGUUUAGAGUUGUUUUCAAGCAUGCCAAACUGAGUAGGCUCUUGCAGCUCUUGGCUCACCAUCUGUUUGACCAACUAUCGUGACGCACGAGGGCAACAGCAGCGUUGGUUCUGCGCCAAUGUGCCGAAUAGCCAUGUUCAGCCCUCUCAGCCUUUUUUUUAACCAGCUGAUUCUUUCGUGCCAACCGCCACGCAGCCUGCAGGGAAUAUUGCAACAGCCCACCCGCCAAGAAUUCCAUCCACGGCGCGCACGCGACAGGGUCGCGCCAAUGAAACUGUCCCAUCAGAGCUACUCACUCACUGUUACAUGUACGUAUUUUGAUGUUAACCUCACUAUGGAUCGAAUUGAGUUGCGCUCCUUGAUGAUCAGAACUGGCAGUGACGCUGCCACGGGGACGGGGAAUUUCUUGGUGACGUUUCGUGCUAUCUGCACCAAAGCAGUGAGAUCAGGAUCAGGAGCAGCCCAGCGUCAUCUACGAUAGGCAACGAAUUACAGCACAAAGUCCAACCCUCAACCUCCAAUCUCAUGAGCAGCCAACGAGUGACAUGGCCCAGUGGCAUGCUCAACGGAGGCCUCGAGUCCACGUUGACGAUCGAGUCGACAGAGGGCCGCAAGAGGAACAAACGGAGCUGGGGUGUGACGCCUCUCGUCUUUUGGACGCACCCUCC